AUGCACUUCUCCGUACCCUUCGUCGCCAUCGCCAUGCUCGCCGUUGGCAUGGUGUCCGUCUCCGCCAUUCCCCUCGCUUCGCCGGAGCCGCAAACGCUCCCGGGGCUCUGCCUCAAAGAGGGAGAAUAUUGCAUCAAUAGUCAAAAUCUCUCAAUCUGCUGCGAGGGCUUGACCUGCGAGGCAUCGAAUGGAAUGCCUACUGCUGAGUUCGGGGCCCACACCGCCCACUCUGCCCAAUCAGACACCGCCUACUUUGCCCAAUCAAUCACCGCCUACUUUGCCCAGUCGCGCUCCGCGCAGCAUGGCGUGAGGCGUCCACCUCUUGCUACGGACGUUACACGGUGCGAUCUAGCCAAGCGGGAUCAUGCUGCAAUGCUGUGA